AUGUCUCUUGAAUCAAAAUUAGAAAAAAAACUUAAUUCACAACUACAAGAAAAUAAACUUGUACAAAAGGAAUUUUCUAUUUUAGAAAAUGAGGCAGUUAUUUAUAAAUUAACAGGGCCUGUUCUUGUAAAACAAGAAAAAUCAGAAGCCAUUUUAAAUGUAGAAAAACGUUUAGAAUAUAUAGAAACAGAAAUAAAACGACUAGAAACUCAAAUAAAAAAACACAAUAAAACGCUAGAGGAACAAAAACUAGAUAUAACUAAACUUCAGAAUCAACUUUAA